AUGGAGAUGGUCGUAAAAAUAUAUGCACUUGGUUUCCAGUCAUAUUUUAUGUCAAUUUUCAACCGGUUUGACUGCUUCGUAGUCUGCACAGGACUGCUUGAGAUCAUGCUGGUGGCCAGCGAUAUCAUGUCUCCUCUUGGAAUAUCAGUACUGCGUUGCAUACGGCUACUUAGAAUAUUCAAGAUUACACGAUACUGGACGUCAUUAAACAACCUGGUGGCUUCUUUGCUGAACUCUGUCCGCUCUAUAGCAUCCCUUCUCCUCCUACUUUUCCUCUUCAUGAUUAUUUUUGCCCUUCUUGGGAUGCAAAUGUUUGGUGGAAAGUUUGACUUUGAAGACUAUGAAAUCAGAAGAAGCACCUUUGAUAAUUUUCCUCAAGCCCUUAUCACUGUCUUUCAGAAUCAACAGUUCAACAGGACUGACCGGGCAGUCAUACCCCGCCAUGCUCUUGUGGUUCCUGUUCCACCUUCAGAGGCUCUCUCAAGCCGGAGCUGUACAAGAGGCCUUUCUCUGCCGUCAGGCUCACAAGCAAGAUCUUGACUGGAGAGGACUGGAACUCUGUGAUGUAUAAUGGAAUCAUGGCUUAUGGUGGCCCAUCCUUCCCUGGGAUGUCUGUCUGCAUUUACUUUAUCAUCUUAUUUGUUUGUGGAAAUUACAUCCUACUGAAUGUAUUUCUUGCUAUUGCCGUUGAUAACCUCGCAGAGGCUGAAAACCUCACUUCUGCACAGAAAGCAAAAGCGGAAGAACGAAAACGCAAGAAAUUAGCAAGGGCGAAUCCAGAUAAAUCAGAGGAAGAAAAGCUCCUCUUAGCAAAGAAAUUAGAACAAAAAGCCAAAGGGGAAGGCAUACCUACUACAGCCAAGUUAAAGAUAGAUGAAUUUGAGUCUAAUGUCAAU